AUGUCCGUUCUCCUCGAGACAUCUCUGGGUGACCUGGUCAUUGACUUAGAGGUUGAAUCAUGUCCACGGACUUGUGAAAACUUUCUGAAACUGUGCAAGGUUUACUACUACAAUCUUCACGCUUUUUUCAAUGGCCGGAGACCAACCGCAACUGGAACUGGAGGGGAAUCCGCACGGUCAUACAUAGCGUCAAAGGCCGAUACGCCAACCCCGGAUGUCCUGCGCUACUUCGCACCUGAACUCGUUCCUCGACUAAAGCAUACAGCUAAAGGGACUGUAUCUAUGGCUAUUGCUCCUGGUGUCGAUGGGGGAUGUGGGAGCCAGUUUUUCAUUACGCUGGCAGAUAACAUUGAUUACCUCGAUGGGAAACAUGCUGUGUUCGGACAUGUCGUUGAGGGACUAGAAACACUCGAUCAACUGAACGAGGUCUUUACGGAUCAAGAUGGGCGACCCAUGAGGGAUGUGCGCAUUCGUCAUGUUGUCAUUCUCGACGAUCCAUUCCCGGACCCGCCAGGUCUAAUUGUUCCUAACGAGGUUCCUACCAAAGCGCCCGAUCUCACAGGGACCAAUGUGCGAAUUGGCGAGGAUGAGGACCCGCUGGCCACUUUACCUGAGGAAGAGGCCGAAAAGAUACGAAGGGAACGUGCUGCGGCAGCUGCUGCACUUACCCUCGAAAUGGUUGGAGACCUUCCAUUUGCGAAUGUGCGACCCCCCGAGAACGUAUUAUUCGUUUGCAAACUUAACCCAGUCACGCGCGAUGAGGAUUUGGAACUUAUUUUCUCCCGGUUUGGAGUCAUUAUGAGCUGCCAAUCAUUCGGGACAAAAAAACGGGAGAUUCAUUGCAGCGUACUUCAAGAUGCAAAAUGUAUGGUUGACGAUCGUCGCAUAUGGGUUGACUUCUCCCAAUCCGUAUCAAAACUCAACACACACUGGUCCAAUAACCCCAUGAUGCCCAAACGUGGCGAUCGGGGUGGUGGGGGUUUCGCUGGUCGGGAUGACCUUGAAGAGACUCGCAGGUAUCGUGGUGAAGAUUCGAAAAAAGGGGGUGGUGGCGGGUUUGGAAUGUUGUUCGAUCAUUCAUCGAGGGCGCGGGAAGAGAGGAGCAGGAGUCAGAGUCCAGCACGCGGGGGGCGCGACAAAUAUAGGCGGUCAGACGAUAGAGAUGAUUACCGGGACAAGGAUAGACAUAGACACAGGGAUAGGGAUAGGGAUUCACGGCGAGAGGCACGUCACAAAGAUAUGGAUAGGGACAGAGACAGGCGAGAUCGCGAUCGUGACCGUGACAGACGAAGAUACUGA